AGAAAUGGCUCGUCAGCAACAUCACGACAGAUCUAAGCACGUCCACAAGACUAAUCUUACAUAUCUCCAAAGUCGUUUCGAUAAUCGGUAAUAGCUUCGCGUGCCAGUUACAAAGCUCACCGAUCAGGUCCUGAAAGCUGUAGAUCAAGUGCUGGUGAGCCACGUUUGUACGAGAGAACGAGCACGGACACAAUCUUGGUCUGCCCCAAAGUUGCGGUCGGUGGAUUCUUGAGGGUCGAGAAAUUAGGCAUGCAGGACAGUUCGCGUCCGAUGAGGUCUGCUGCCGAAAUAGAAAACAUCCAAUAGAGCCGUCGCUGUCAACUCGUGGCCAGAGGAGCACGAGCACGAGCAUGCCCUGCCUCCGGCCCGCUCAUCAGUCACAGUGAAUGGUCAUCGAUGGCGUCGAAUGUGGGGGCCAUGAGGAUUGAUUGGCCGUAGCAACGACCGAAAUCUUAUUCGCUUUAAGAAGCAACCCGACUCAAACACUGCGUGACAUGUGUCCUUACGUCUGGCCCACUCGAAAGCAACCGCUCGACGAUGUCGUAUGAUUUGCUCCAAGCCUAGUGUCACUCCAAUCGCUCCGCCAGCUCCUGAAUCGGACCAGAGCGCGCAGCAGCGAGACUUUGGACCUAGCUCCUCCUUCCUAAUCUCGGAGCCCAGUCCAGUCCAGCGAGCGAGCGAGCGAGCGAGCGAGCGCGUUGUCUGCGCCAUGCAAGUCAAGCACAGUGAUUUCAACGUGUUCAGCUUCGAGCUCCCGUGUGAGAAAGGUGCUCGUCGCCAUCGCUGUCGCUUGCUGCAGGCCGAGCCAGCUUCAUUCAGCCACAGGGCGGCGUUCGGCCAUUUCUCCCUCAGAAAAUCGAAAUUGAAAUUGCUGAGUUUAUUGGAUCAAGUCUAAAUCUAUAACAGAUGGGUUACUUUACUCUAUGGAGAGGGCCAAGCUCGAGGAAGAGAAUAUUUUGACCGCUGGAGCAGCGAGUGAAUCGAGAGAGGGAUUAUAUCUCGAGACCUCUUGGGGGUCAAGGGCCAGAUGGCCACUUACUCAGCCUGCCAUGCUAGCUAACCUGACCUUACUGCUUCAUGAUUGGUCGAGGCAUGAAUUUGGGUGGGCAUUCUCAUGGCCUAAACAUAAACCAGGGAAAAAUUAGGGAGGAACCUGCGGGUUUAACAUCAUCCCCUUUUAGAAGCCGAGUAGACAUGGACCCUGGAGCUGGAGGUAGACUGGCUGGUGUUGUUGUUGCUGGUGUCCAUGAGCCGUCAGCUCUCUUCUAAUGACGACCCUUGGAGGCUACUUAAGCGGUUCGCCACCAUGGAUCCAAUUUUCUGCUAGAAAAUAUGCUUCUCUGGAAUCGUUAAUCAUGUCAUUCUCAUGCCGGAGAUUCCCUGACCUCAGAGAGGUUUAAUCAUUAAACCGCUGUUAAACAUUAGGAACCCGCAAAGGGUUGGGUCACAUUAAACCUCAAUCAAUGUGACCCAACCCUUUCCGGGUUCCUAAAGGUUUGGUCACAGGUCAGGUUAGCACACUCCAUGGCUUCUACUUCUACACAAAAGGAUUGGACGAGGGAGAGACGAGAGACGAAACAAUAAACUUCCUGUGGAGACUUCGAAAUUUAGCCGGCCCUGCAACGAGAGCUGUCUUUCGUAUCGUGGACCCGCUUUCUCGGUCAAAGGGUUGAGAGAGCCGCUGUGGAAGAAAAGGAAGGGGGACGAAGGCGACGAAGGCGACGACGGCUUCGUCCGGUGCCCCGGACCCCCGGGUGCGUAGAGACGUAGACGGGCUGCUUGCGGGGCAAGCUUCGAGGCCAGGGGAAAUGUGCAAUCGUGCCACCAAUCGGGCUCCCUGACUUCGUUUCAUGCAGCGCAGAGGCAUAUUCGUAGCACGCAAGCUUUUCACGACUCUUUCCUCAUCCGCUGGCUCCGUGUCUUGAAAGACUCGGGACGUGCUUUCUUCUAAUUCUCAUUCUCAUUCUCUCGACAGCGAUUCUCGCGCAUCCUUCCGACUUCUCGCAGCGUCACCCGGGAUUAAAAGCUCUGCACGAGAAGAUCAUCAUUCUGAUUCCAUCAUUUCGAUUACCAGCCGCUCAAUUAUGCUCUGACUGCAGCGUGCAGGUUGAAAAAAGCUCGCCCAGGAUUGUCGACGAACUGUGUCUGAGGAAGGCACCGGAAGCUGCCAACAAUCGGAACGCAAUGAGGAACUGCCUGCAGCUGUGCUCGGACGAUUAUGAUUUCGUGGGAGAGUUCGAGAAGAACCGAGCGGCACUGGUCGCGGCUCGAGUGAUGCUCAAGAAGAACAACGACGACAUCGACUCUCUGCUGGCUGCGCGAGCUCUGCUGCGCACGCGCAUGAGCGGCGACGGUGUAUCGGAUAAUCUGGUGAAUGAAAUUGGCGGCCGCCGAGCGAUCAGCCCCGCUGCCAUUUCUCCGGCCGACUACAACUGCGGCAUGGCCCUGUGGGCUGGCUGCUUGAUCAGCACGCUCGGCGAAGCGCUCUUGCAAUUCGUCUCGCGCGUUGUCGAUAAGCUGGAAAAGCGCGAGUACUUUCUGUAGCAGCUACCGACCUCGCUCGGCCUCCUUCAAUGGCCCAUGCCAGCACGGUCGUCAAUCACCUAAACCCCCACUCAUCUCGGAAGUCGAUGCUCGUAAUGCUUAGCUGCUCGAUACAAUUCCACGGGUGGACCGAGCGCCGAAGGAAACUCAGAUGACAGCUCCAUUCCACAUCUUCCUGCUGCGCGCGGAGCACCAAAAUGCACGGGGACAUGGUCCUACGACUCUAUCGGAGAAAAAGUUUGCGCCGCUCUCGAAUCAUAUGCAGAGUAA